AUGAAACGAAGCAAUCUGAGGGCUGUCGCCUGGACCUUCUGCCCUGGUCAUGCUGGUGUGAGAGGGAAUGGGAACAUUGUUCUCGCAUUUCCUGAGCCUCAUGUUACUGUUUCAGACGAAACCGCGAAUGAGGCAAUCUUAGAGGAGAGUCUGCGUCGUGGUGAGAAAAUCUCUACAGAGUUUAUAUCGGGGAAUAUGGAGCUAGAGCUGUUUCCCGUGUCAUCUAUUCCAGAGCCCUACGGUGGCACUCCAUUGGUCUUCAGAGGGUCAGGGGUCAAUGAGAGCGAGUUCGUUGUGGGUGGAGAAGACGCUGAUAUAGCUGACCACCCCUUUCAAGCAGCCUUAUUGCACACACUCUACCGUGACAAUGGUUAUGACUACGACAUAGCAAUGCUCACGCUCAGCAGCAGAAUGACCAUCACAAGAAAGGUACAGACCAUUAGGUUGGCCAACUUCUUCGAUGGUCUCGGUGGGACAGACUGCAUUUUGUCUGGCUAUGGGAGAACUAUUAAUGGAGAAUCGAGAUUCCAGUUGGAGCUGCUUGAUGGCCGUGUUCAAGUGUUGAGACGUCGUGGACAGCGCUUUCAAGAUGCCAGCGUUGUGAAAGCAGCCCGCCAUGGGGGAUAUUCUGUGAUAGUGUGGGAUGGCAGUCCACUGAUCUACAGAGGGCCAGGGGUCAAUUCAGACGAUGGGUUCAUUGUGGGCGGAGAAGAUGCUAAUAUCUCUGACUAUCCCUAUCAAGCAGCCUUGUUGAGACGAUCUGGCAACACCUACUUCCAGUUCUGUGGGGGUUCCUUAUUGACAACAAGGAAAGUGAUUACCGCAGCACAUUGUAUUGACCCAAGCGCGGAAGGAUCUGUGUACGUGAUGAUGGGUGCUACUGAUCUUACCAAUUCACAAGACCCUAUGAUCCAGCUUAUUGAAGUUGACGAAGUAGAUAUUCAUUCGGACUACGUUCAGUUUGGUCUGGACUACGACAUAGCUAUGCUCACACUGAGUAGCCGAAUGGUCAUUACAACCAAUGUGGCGACCAUUAGGUUGGCUAACUUCUUUGAUGGUCUUAAUGGGUCAGACUGUGUGCUGAGUGGUUAUGGGAGAACUGUGGAUGGAGGUCCAACAUCCCCGGUCCUCCAGUCGUCUCCCUUCACAGUCUACUCGUUGCUCAGAUGCAUCUUCUACUGGUUCAGAAGCACGGGUCGUUUCCUGGUCAACUAUAGAGAGCUUUGCGUCAUUAACCCCGACACAAGUGGUUGCCAAGGUGACAGCGGUGGUCCCUUGGUAUGUAACGGCCGUCUGACGGGUAUCGUGUCGUGGGGAACCACAUCAUGCAAAGUCGGUGCACCCUCUGUCUACACUCGUGUGCACGUCUACAUCUUCUGGAUACUCUUUCGACUAUUUUGA